AUGUACGAAAUUACGAUGAAAUUCUUCAUCACUCUGCUGCUUUUGGCCUGCGCUUCGACAGUUAAGCCCAGUUCGGAAUGGGAUGGGGUAUGUCUUCCAACACUACCGCCACUUUUCGGUGGUUUCAAUGGAUUCGGUGGUCCAAUGAGUGGAUUUGGACUUGGUGGACUAUUUGACGGUUUUGGUAGUCCGUUUGGCUUCGGUGGUCCGUUUGGUUUUGGUGGCUGA